ACAAAUUCGCGAAUCCAUCAAUGUGGUGGUGAAUGUGGGAUUCCGUGUGGGUUCGGUCGAGUCGCGAGUAAUUUGUGCCAGUUAAAACAUUUCGAUUAUUUUUUAUUCCAGCCAGUGUCAGACAGUAUUAAACCAUGUCGCAGGCCUUGAAGAAAAUAUCAGUGCAGCUGUUACGGAAUAAUAAUGUGGAUGCAAUCAACACCGGUCUCCGGGCUAGCAGCACAUGGUGGAGCAAUGUCCAGAUGGGCCCACCCGAUGUGAUCCUGGGCAUCACCGAGGCGUACAAACGGGACACCGACCCCAACAAAGUGAAUCUCGGUGUGGGAGCCUACAAAGAUGACGAGGGCAAACCUUUCAUCCUCCCCUCAGUCAGAAAGGCUGAAGAGAUCAUCCACAGUAAGAAGCUGAACCACGAGUAUGCCCCUAUCGGCGGUGAAGUCACAUACACCGACGCUGUUGCCAAGCUGGCCUUCGGUGAAGACAGCCCGGUCAUCAAGAACAAAUCGAAUUGCACUGUACAGACGCUCUCUGGCACCGGCGCCUUACGACUUGGCCUGGAGUUCAUCACGAAGCACUACGCCAAGGCCAAGGAGGUGUGGUUGUCGGCACCCACGUGGGGCAACCACCCUCAAAUCUGCAACAUGCUGUCGCUCAAACACAACAAGUACCGCUACUUUGACGCCAAGACCAACGGCUUCGACCUGCAAGGAGCUUUGGAAGAUAUUCGCAAAAUCCCGGAAGGAUCGAUUAUCUUGCUACACGCUUGCGCACACAACCCCACCGGAGUGGACCCAAAGAAGGAGGAAUGGCAUCAACUGUCGGCUGCCAUCAAAGAGAGGAAGCUGUUCCCAUUCUUCGACAUGGCGUACCAGGGCUACGCCACCGGAGAUGUCGACAACGACGCCUACGCCAUACGCUACUUCGUGCAGGAGGGCCACCAAGUUAUGCUUGCACAGAGCUUCGCCAAGAAUAUGGGAUUAUACGGCGAGCGCGUGGGUGCCUUGACCUUCCUUUGCGGCGACGCCGAGUCGGCCGCCAAGGUCAUGUCGCAGGUCAAGAUCAUGGUGCGCACCAUGUAUUCCAACCCGCCGCUGUACGGAUCCCGCAUCGUGCAGGAGAUCCUCGGCAACCCGGAGCUGAAGAAACAAUGGCUCGCCGACGUGAAGCAAAUGGCGGACCGUAUCAUCUCGAUGCGCAACCAGCUGCGCGCCGGCAUCGAAGGCGCCGGCAACAAGCAGCCGUGGAGCCACAUCACCGACCAGAUCGGCAUGUUCUGCUACACCGGACUCAAGCCUGAACAGGUGGAGAGGCUGACCAAAGACUUCCACAUCUACCUGACGAAGGACGGCCGCAUCUCCGUAGCCGGUAUCUCCUCAAAGAACGUCAACUACGUCGCCGAGGCCAUGCACAAGGUCACGUCCUAAGCACCGCUAGUGUAAGCCACGCUAUUCCACGAGAUUACGUACCUACAGAGCACAGUAUUUAUUGUAAUGUUCGAACAUUUCUGAACAAAUGUACAAAUACAUUUGGAGUAUUUAUAAAAAAUCGUUUUAUGACAAUUUUAUCUUGAGCUAAAAUGUGAUUUUACUUUCGUAAUACAAUCAUGUCAUUUAUUAGCGUUAAAUAUAUACAGUUGAUUUUUGAAA